AUGCUCCCCAUGCUCCCCAUAAACCGGUGUUCCUUGGCCCUCACCAUCGGCUCCUGCGGCGUGCAAACGGGUCCCAACCCAGCAGACCGGCCAUGGCCAAGGCGGCGGGCAGCAGCGGCGGCAGCAGGCGGCGGCACGGCUGCACGGGGCGAGGCUGGCGGCACCGCGGCAGCAGAAACGGCCAUGCAAGCCCAAUCGCCAGCCAAGCAGGUCAAGCUGGGCCGGCAGCAGCUGCGGCAGCUGCAGAGGAAGGCCACUGUCGAAAACAACGGCACGGGGGGUACCAACAGCGGCCAGGACCGCGGCCAGCAGCGGCAGCUGCAGUUGCCACAGCGCAGCCCAUGCAUCCAGCCGCUGCCGUACUGGUGCGAGGCCGUUGCAGUGGUGGGCCUGCCUCGCGGCCAGCUCGUGUUUUGCUUCCACACGCCCGCCCAGGCCUCUGCCGCCGCACGGGGCCAGCAUCAGCCGGAGUCAGCUUACGGCGGCGAGGCAGUGACGCUGGAUACCCUGCCCGGCGAAAGGGUGCAAGGUAUCCUGGACCGCUGGCAGUACGCCUGUGCACAGCAGGAGCUGGGUGAGCUGGAUGCCAGCCCCACGCUGUGCCGCCGAUACGAGUCUGCUAUGCGGGCGCAAGCCCAGGAAGCCGCAGCCGCACCAGCUGCUGCAUCAGCAGCGGCAGCGGGGAAGGGGCGGCAGGGCGGGCUGGUCGGCACGGCGGCCCAAGGUGCCCCAGUGUUGGCGCCACGUCGAGAGCAGCAGCGGCAAGAGCUGCCGCAGCAGCAGCAGGCCGAGACGCUGACACGGCGGCAGCGCAGGCGGGCGGCCAGGCGGGCGAGGCAGGCGGCGGCCUGCAGCCCAGCAACCGGCACCGUGCACAGCAGCAGCGACAGGCCGGGGAGCGACGGCGGCAGCAGCGACGGCGUGCCUGGCGGCCUUACCAUCGCCCCCAGUGCCUUUGCCGCCACCUGGCACGUGUGCACGGUGCGGGGGCAGCCAGACGGUGCCGUCGUCUUCAAGUUCGGCUCUGGGUUUGAGCCGCUCCCCAGCGCCCAGGGCGUGGCCGCCGCCUCGGAGCCGCCCAGCAGCGGCACCGGAGGCGACGGCGGCUGUGGCGCGGUUCGACGGCGGCAGCGCCGCCGUCUGUUCCGCCAGCGGCAGCAGCAGCAGGGCAGCCGGGAGGGCGUGCCUUGGAGCCAUGCCCUGCAGCUGGCCGCCACGUUCCCCGACCAGGCGGAGCGGACGAUGCGCAAGCUGCAGGCGUUUGUUGCGUGCUGGGGUUCGGAGCAGGACAGCAGCGUUGCGCUUGACUUUCCCAUCUACCCUUCUUUCGACCGGGCCGCCACCAAGCUGCGGAAGCGCCUGAAGUGGAUGGCAGGGGUGGAUGCUGAGCAGCAAAGGCAGCAAGGGGCUGCAGAGGAGGGCAGGGAGGGGAUGCUAGAGCGUCAGCAGCAGCCGCGGCGGCAGCGUGCCAAGACCCGCGGCAGCAGCCGUGCCAACGCAGCGGCAGCAGCACAGGCAGCACCAGGGCCGGGGCACGCGCCAGCGCCUGCUGCCGUCCAGGAGCAGAGGUGGCGGCAGGGGCUUCUGCCUAGGCCGGUGUGGGCGGUGCCAGCGGCGAUGGAGAGCGAGAAAGGGGGGCAGCAGCCACGGGAGCUGCCGGCGGCAGCAGCAGGAGGAGCACCGCGUGCAGGCAGCGCAGCCUCGCCAGGCAGCAAGCCUCCCGGCGCCGCAGGCGGCCAGCCCCGCCCGCAACUGGCUGCGGCCCUGACGGCAGCGGCGUGGGCCGCCGCAGCCAUGCGCCAGCGCGGCGCGCUGCUGCUGUCGGCGGCCGGCAGCCUGUGGCUGGCGCUGUUCCGUCGCCUGAUGCCUGUGCGCAUCCGCCGGCUGUUCUGGGGAUCCUGGCCCCCCAGGGUGGAGGAGGCGCAUGCCAGCCCCUCUCUGGCAGCGCUGAUGAGCAGCCCCUCGCCCCCCAGCUCUCGAGAUCUCGCCGCGGCGGGGUUCAACGAGCAGGGCCAGACGGCGGCGACGCUGGCGGACCUGCCGGCGUGGCGGGUGGAGGCGCUGACGGGGUGCGGGGUGCGGGACAUGGGGCUGUACCGCACAGCGCUCACCCACAAGUCCGCGCUGCCGCUGGAGCUGCGCCUGGAGAAGCUGCAGAGCUAUGAGCGGCUGGAGUUCUUGGGAGACUCAGUGCUGGGGCUGUGCUGCCGCACCCUGCUCAUGGCGCGCUGCCCAGACAGCGACGAGGGCCAGAUGAGCCGCCGCAACUCGCUGCUUGUGUCUGGCGCCAGCAACGCACGCUACGCCGCCUUCCUGGGGCUGGACCGAUACGUUCUGCUGGAGCCCAGGGCCCUCAGGCACGCCCCCCUGGAAGCAAGCAGCGAGCAGCCCUGGCACAGCAGCGCAGCAGGCAGCACACGGCGCAGCCGCCGGCGGUGCCAUUUCAGCGCCGGGGAAGGCGCGCAGCACAAGCCCGGCCUGCUGGCCGACGCUUUUGAAGCGCUGCUCGGGGCGCUCUACCUGGACAGGGGUUUCGUGGUGGCGCGGCGCUUCUGCAUGCGCGUGCUGGAGGCGUGCGUGGAGUGGGAGCAGCUGGAGGCGGCCCAGGACUUCAAGGCCCUGCUGUGCCGUUACGCCGGCGCCCACCAGAAGCCGCAGCCGCGGUUCUCGGUGCGGAGCACCAGCCAGCGCGAGUACAAGGCGGGACUGCAGCUGCCGUGGUGGACUGUGGAGGUGGCCUUUGGAGGGCGGGUGGUGGGCAGCGGCGGCUCGUUCGACAAGCGCGGCGCCGAGCAGGCGGCAGCGAGGGAGGCGCUGGAGGGCCUAGGGCAGCUGCCGCUGUAG